AGAGACAUCAACGACAAGAUCAACGUGAUCGACGAGGAGCGAUACGACCUGAAUAUAAAAGUCACUAAAUCCGACAAGGAGAUCGACGACCUGAAGAUCAAGGUUCAGGAUCUGAUGGGAAAGUUCAAGAAGCCGGUCCUGAGGAAAGUCCGAAUGUCUGCAGACGCCAUGUUGAAAGCUCUGCUGGGCUCAAAACACACCGUGAACAUGGAGCUGAGAGCCAACCUGAAGCAGGUCAAGAAGGAGGUCAAAGAGGAGGAUAAGGAGCUGCGAGAUGUCGGUGAUUGGCGUAAAAACAUUGAAGACAAAGCCGGCAUGGACGGGAGGAAGAAGAUGUUCGAGACCGAGGCUUAAACAAGCUGCUUCAUUUUCAAAAGUCCCCGUUUUCUAUGGACUGGAUUAAUCACCAGAUUCCUUGUGAGCUGCACAAAUUUCAACAGAAUAAACAAACUGAAUUAG